GGAAUGGUAACAGGUCACCAUAUACUCCUUAAACUGGAACAGGAACGACCUUCCCCCCUUCUGGCUACCUCAUGGCGAGGUGUUCACCAAACAAUGUCAUUGAUGUUCUGAUGACAUUAUUUUCUGACAUACGCCGCAGGAAGUAUAGGCUCACGAUGGCUAAGAGAAACACAAGUCAUGGGUCCGGAUCCAGAGGGCUCGUCCGAAGAUCCCUAAGCAACUUAACAAUGUAAAACACAUUCCUUGUUGUCUCUCAGGCUGACUGACCGUACUUUGCAUAGAAGCAAUUGGUAGCUGAGUUUCAAGUGCUGGGGGCGCGCGCUCAAGGAAAAUUUGACAAGCUCAUCAUUCCCUGUAAAGUUAUGCAAGCUAACAGAAGUACCGUUGCCACCGGGUUGAGAUUGAAAUUUAUCGCCUGGAAGCAUGUGUUUUGUCAAUGUCUAGGUAUUUAACAUGACUCGUUUUGGGCCCAAAAACAAUACAGCAGCAUAUCAUGAGUCUAUUGAAGAUACCCCUCCUCCUUGUUUCGGCCAUUGGCAUCCACGUUUCGGUGACUUCUCCUUCUCGGCCACCGUCAUCUGAAGAGAAGGUGGUGCCCUCGUUGCUCGAAUCCUUCAUUAGACGGAUGUUGGGAUUUCACUGUCUGGAGUUUAUGAAGAUCAGCGCGUGGGCAGCAUCGUCUGCUGAAGUGGCCAACAUCCUGGUUGUAUAUAUAGGUCCCUCGCAGAUUCCAGAAAGCAUUUAUGGCGCUAGAGUUGUGCAAAUUUUGCGCGCUCUUCGCCCCACCGCAGUUUCCCCCGCUUUCCUUGCCGGCAGUCUUGCUGUCGCAAUUGGCGGCGCAUUGAGGCUUUAUUGCAUGUCGACGUUAGGAAGAUUUUGGAGCUUCCAACUCAGCGUCAGAAACGAGCACAGGCUUGUGACAAGCGGACCGUACUCGGUAGUCCGUCACCCAAGCUAUACUGGUUUCCUCCUUCAAUGUGUCGGAAUCAUUUUCAUGUACGGAAGUCAAGGAUCAUGGAUGAGGCAGUCUGGGAUUCUACAAGUGCCUUUCGUUCAAGUACUAGUGGCGAUCAAUUUCUUGCUUGUAGUAACGGGCGUGUGGGUUUCCAUUAGCCGUCCUGCAGAGGAGGACAAGAUGCUGCAGCGUGCUCUGGGAAAAGAAUGGGAGAAUUGGGCGGAGAGGGUGGAGUAUCGAUUGCUUCCUGGGGUUUAUUGAAGGGAUCUGACAUUGUACUCGUU